GAGAGAGAGAGAGAGAGAGAGAGAGAGAGAGAGAGAGAGAAUGUUUACAAAGUACAAACAGUUCCAGCUGAGGCGACGAGCGGGAGAGGCGGAGAGGCAAAGGCUAGCAUCUUGUGAUCAACUGAUGAACUGAGCAAGGGUGUGUGGUGUGAAUCACCAACUGAAGCUAUACCUACACUGCACCAGGUGACUCCCUACUCAAGUUUACAGUGUGUAGUGCAGCUGAUGGUGACCUGGUGGUGGUGUUGGUAGUGUCAUGUCUGGCUUAGCAUCACCAAGAUCACCUGGCUCGGGGGAUUUGGCUCAGGACGGCUAUGACUACGAAGAUGAUAAUGAUGCAGAUCUUGAGGAUUCAAGGGACUAUGAGGACCGGGAGAGUGAUGAAGACACUGACCUUGGCAGUGAAGGGGAGCCGAGAGGGAAGGAGGAGUAUACAGGCAUCAAGGAACAAAUGUACCAAGACAAGCUCGCUCAGCUCAAGAAGCAGCUGCAACAGCUGCGUGACAACUCACAUCCAGAGUACAACAAAAAGCUGAAAAAGAUUGAUGCAGCAUACAAGGAAAGGCUACGUCUUAAUGACCUAUGGAAGGACAUUGAAGAAGAGUGGGUGGAGCGAGACUACGCAGCUGAGAAGCGCUUGGCUGCUCGGGAGUUUGAGGAGAAGAAGAAGGAGCUGAAGGAGAAUCUACUCAUUGAACUGGAGGAGAAGAAGAAGAUAAUUGAGCAGGAAAGAUACACACUGGAGCUAACAGGAGACUCAAUGGAGUACAAGCCAGUGUCGACUCGGAAGCUGCGUCGCCGUGGCAAUGAGCCGGCACCAAUCAUUGAGAAGCGCCGCAAGCCAGUCUCCACCACAUUGCAGCUGCUGCUGGACGAGAGGGAGAUGGAUGAUGACCUCAAGCUAAUCAACAAGAGUAAACUGCUCAACAUGAAGAAGAGCACCACGAUGCCGUCACCAGCGGAUGCCAUUGCCAAUGAGCCAAAGAUUGAGAAUGGGAAGCUGUAUUUUGACAAAAAGUGGUUCCACAAAGGCCAGGCAGUGAUGAUUGAAUGCAAGGAUGGCACUCGCUUCAACGCCAUCCUGACAGUGGCCAGUGGUGACAUGAUCAUGGUGAAGAAGGUGCCAGACAGCAUCCGCCUAAAGAUCACUCUGGCACAGCUGGCCCACGGCAAGUACCUGGUGCGCCGCCGCAGUGCCACGUGACCACACCAGCCUUGGCCCCCCACCCCACUGUCUCCCUCCGGCUUGGGCUCUCCACAUACCCCUUAGCUCCUAUGGUGAUGCUUGUGGUGUGGAGCAAGGGUGUUGGAGCAUCACACACACACACAUAAGAUGAGAGAUAAGUAAAGCAAGACAGCUGACAUGCAAACCAGCCUAACUUAACCUCAGACAGCUGGCUAAUAGUGCAAGUUUGGUUUAUGGUUCACAAAUAGAAUGUGUUAAUUUU